UGCCUCGCAGCCUGGUGGUCAAUUGGGCAUUCUAGAAACGAACGAGGAGUUCCUGUUUUCCCACGACCAGCUAGACGGCGAUUGACAGAAACCGAUUUUGACAACGAAUGCACUCGAUCAUCACCGUCCCACCGUCGCGCGCACCGUCGAGAGUGAAGAGCCUAAGCAGGCAAUUACUAGAUGUCCCAUGCCAAUCAUGGCUUCCAAGUUUGCGGCUUGUGGUGCCGCGGGUACAGGAUUCUGCAGCUGCGCUUUUCAUCUCGCUCUCGAGGACUUCAAGAAGAACUCCAAUCUCAGCGCCGAGGAAUUGCAGUCUUUCGAGGGCACGCGUCUUCACCAGCUCAGAUCAGCCAUCGGGAGGAUUCAAAAGGAUCAAGAAUCAAAACGGCGGCUCAGAUACAUGAAGCGACUUGAGCCAUUCCUCCAAACCAUGGAGCAGUACGGGAAGGUUGUUGAAGUCUUCGUCAACGCCUCGGACAUUGUUGCUUACUUGUGGGGGCCGAUGAAAUUCUUGCUGAUCACCGCAUCCUCGUACACCGAGGCGUUGGACUCUCUCAUGGACGCUUAUCAGGCCAUUUGGGAAGAAUUACCGCUCCUGGAAGCUUACCAGCCACUCAUCGAAUCACGCCCAGAUCUGAAGACCGUCCUAGUGUGGGUGUAUCAGGACAUCCUCGAUUUCCAUAGGGAAGCGCUCCGUUAUUUCAGACAUAGAGUGUGGAAACAGCUGUUUCAGUCCGCCUGGAGAGGAUUCGGGUUCAAAAUAAAAGCGAUCAAGGAGAACAUGGCGCGACACAAGCGUCUUCUGGCAGAAGGCGUAGGCGCAAUGGAGAUAGAAAAUAGCGGCAAAAUUCGGCAGGAGUUGCGGCUCGAAUUUGAAGCAAGAAGGCGGGUGGAGACAGAUCGUCGGCGUGACGAGGUCGUACGGUGGCUUUCUCCGUAUCCCACACGGGAGAUUCUAGGGCGACACCGAAAGGCAAGAUCGAUCUGCCCUGAUUCCGGAGACUGGCUUCUAAAAACGCCAAAAUUCGACGGCUGGAUUAGUCCUCAAUACUGCACCAACCCCCUCUUGUGGAUCACGGGAAUCCUUGGGGCCGGAAAAUCAGUUCUUGCCUCUUUGAUCAUUGAAGAGACGCAGAAUUUGCUCUUGGGGGCAACGGAUCCUUGCAGCUCGGACCCGUCAGUCGCUUAUUUCUUCUGUCACCAGGGGGAAACCGAGUCGAACACGUUCCUCGCCGUGGCAAGAGGAAUUUUAGCGCAGCUAAUGACACAGAACACCCACCUUCUCCCCCAUAUAUACGAACAAAGAUCUCUGAGCGGGGAGGUGGUUCUUUCCUCGGGAGACUUGGCGAGGUCUUUGCUCGAGGCCGUCUUGGGAUGCUGCAAGAACACAUACAUCGUGAUCGACGGCCUCGACUCGUGCAGCAGACGGGAUAGGAAGGAGAUCGUACAGGUAUUCCGAGGGAUUAUUGAGUCUUUGCCGCCGACCGAGACGGACGCAAUCCGGUGCGUCUUUGUGAGCCAGGACGACGGGGUUGCGAGAAAGGAUCUCUCCGAUAUCCCGACCAUUAGGAUAACCCCGGACGACAAUCGACGGGACAUAGAAAGAUACUCGGUUGCGAAGAAGAAAACCCUCGAGGCAAGAUUUGGAUCCUUGGAUUCGACAGGUGUAGAUGUAGUAAAAGUUGUCACAGCAAAGGCCCAAGGGAUGUUCCUCUAUGCCGAGCUAGCAUUCGCCAAUUUGCUCUCGUGUGCACUGGUGCCGGAUCUGGUUCGGGAGCUCAAGUCCAUUCCAAAGGGCCUCGACGAGGCUUACGCGAGAAUAGUAGACCGUCUCCUCUCGUCCACAGACGUACGGCCAUCCGAGUGUCUGUCCAUUCUUGGCUGGCUGGCGUGUGCAAAGCGGCCCCUGAAGUGGUACGAGCUUCGCGGUGCGGUGUCGAUUGAUAUUGAGGGCCAGACUAUCCGCCAGGAGAACCAAAUGCUGCUCGGGGCGAGACUAUGGGAACUUUGCGGACCGUUGGCCACGAUCAGGCAGGAUCAAACGUUGGAGUUCAUUCACCCAACUGCGAAGGAGUACCUUCUCAAGCACAAACUUGCCGAGACAGAUAUCCAGCUGGAGCUCUUUAUUCUUUCUGUUUCGUAUCUCAAUCUGCCAGGGAUACGACACGACGCAUCUCCAGAUCGUAUGAAGGCCCUUCUCAUUGCCGGGUAUUAUGGGUUUCUUGACUACUCCAUGACAAGUUGGUCACUCCAUCUUCAAGACACCUGUCGCCACAAGGACUGCGAGAACUCGGUCGAGAAAUUAGCCGAAGAGCUGGACGUGUUUCUGGACUGCCAUUGGACGCAUUCUGAGGAUUUAUCAGACAUCAUCGUCACUAAAACAGUCCAGGAGACUCUCUCCCUAUUCAAGAAGCAUAAAUUCUACGACAAACUGUGCUUGGCUUUCGCAGCUGCUAAGAAACAGCUCAGCAUAUACGGCCAGGGGCCUUUAGAACACGAGCCCCUUGACUUGUCCACACUCGGGAAGUUGAUCCGGCAAACACUCGAGACCUUUGCAAUAACGGCCCUUCCUAGUGAGCAACGGACAGCACUGCAAGACGCCUACGGGCCCAACUGGUUCAAAUGCGAACGACCCAACUGCGUGUACUUCCACCAGGGGUUCCCGAACGCACAGCAACGCGACGACCACACGGCACGCCACGAGCGACCAUUCAUCUGCAUCGAACCGACAUGCUUCGCCGCUACGAUGGGCUAUCCAACAAAAAAAGCCCUGAAAAAGCAUCUACUGGAGGACCAUGGCGUCGACUUGACAGGCGAUCUCGAAUUCCCAGAGCCGCCAACCAUCGCAUCCAACGCCGCCAAAGCGCCCUCCAAUUUCGCCUGCGAGCUCUGUUCAAAGACGUUCACCCGCAACCACAACCUCAAGAUCCACGCGCAGACACAUCAGCGUGAAAAGCCCUACUCGUGCGAUGUUUGCGGCCAGGGGUUCGUCCGGGCGCACGACCGGAAGCGCCACCAGGGGCUGCAUUCGGGAGAGAAGAAAUACGUCUGCUCAGGCGAACUCAAGGAUGGCAAGACCUGGGGCUGUGGCAGGAAUUUCGCUCGGCAGGACAAGCUGACGGAGCAUUAUCGCAACAAGGCCGGAAAGAAAUGUCUUCAGCCUUUGGCCGCGGAGGAGGCGAAGGCGGAUGGCAUGAGAGGUGCAGGUGGGAAGGAGCUGGAUGUUGCGGAGUUGCUGAAGUGCCACUUCUUGCUUGAUCCGGAGCGCUUUAGGCCGUUUCAGGGAGUUCCAGUUUCGUCCUUGUUUCCGAGUCCGGCUGUAUUGGGGGUUGAAGGGCGAGAGGAUGGAGAGGUGGAGGGAGCUUAACGUAAACUGGCUACAAAGGCACCACAACAGUAAGGCAAGCCGCUGGCGGGCCCUACCGAGUACAGGUACAGGAUUCCGUAGCCGGGGGGGUCAAAACAACAAGAAAAAGGCACUACUGCGUGCACUAAGACUCGAUGACAAUAAAAAAACGAGCAGCAGUGAAUAUAGCGGCUCCUAACAUUAAGCCAACACUCACCACUGUCACAGUAACCAUAUAUUUAUAGAGAAUGUUCGUCUAUGCAAUCAAAUCGCUACAAGGAAUGAGUACACACC